GUCUCCUAUGUAAAAGCUAUUGACAUCUGGAUGGCUGUGUGCCUUCUCUUUGUCUUUGCUGCAUUACUGGAAUAUGCAGCAGUCAACUUUGUUUCACGGCAGCACAAGGAGUUUCUGAGGCUUCGAAGAAGGCAAAGAAGACAAAACAAGGAAGAUGAAGUUGCUCGUGACAGUCGAUUCAAUUUCAGUGGCUAUGGCAUGGGUCACUGCCUCCAAGUCAAAGAUGGCACAGCAGUCAAGGCUACUCCACCCAACCCACCUCCGGCACCACCAAAGGAUUCAGAUUCCAUCAAAAAGAAGUUUGUUGACCGUGCAAAAAGGAUUGAUACAAUAUCCCGUGCUGCAUUCCCACUCGCCUUCCUAAUUUUCAACAUCUUUUACUGGAUUACAUACAAAAUUAUACGGCAUGAGGACAUUCACAAGAAAUAG